CCAAUCACACUUCAGCGAGCUCUAAAAUGGGCCAGCCAAUGGCUUGCAGGGUUUGGUGGUAUAUAAACCCUAAUCUGACUGUUCUUGCUUGGGUGACCCCUAUUUCGGCUUUGGUGAACAGGAUCUGAUCCCAAGGACUGUUACCACUUUUUUUGUCUACUGUGCAGUGUUAGAAACGCAAUCAUGCCUUUCGGAAACACCCACAACAACUUCAAGUUGAACUAUUCAGUUGAAGAUGAGUAUCCAGACCUUACCAAGCAUAACAACCACAUGGCCAAGGUGCUGACUAAGGAAAUGUAUGCCAAGCUUAGGGACAAGCAGACCCCCACUGGGUACACAGUGGAUGAUGUCAUCCAGACUGGUGUUGACAACCCAGGUCACCCCUUCAUCAUGACCGUCGGCUGUGUUGCUGGUGAUGAGGAGUCCUACGAAGUGUUCAAGGAUCUCCUUGACCCCAUCAUUUCCGACCGCCACAGUGGAUACAAGGCAACUGACAAGCACAAGACCGACCUCAACUUUGAGAACCUGAAGGGUGGUGAUGACCUGGACCCCAACUACGUUCUGAGCAGCCGUGUGCGUACCGGCCGCAGCAUCAAGGGAUACGCCCUGCCCCCCCACAACAGCCGUGGAGAGCGCAGAGCUGUGGAGAGACUGUCUGUUGAAGCUCUGAACAGCUUGGAUGGAGAGUUCAAGGGCAAGUAUUACCCCCUGAAGUCCAUGACUGAUGCCGAGCAGGAGCAGCUGAUCGCUGACCACUUCCUCUUUGACAAACCCGUCUCCCCCCUGCUGCUGGCUGCUGGUAUGGCCCGUGACUGGCCCGAUGCCAGAGGCAUUUGGCACAAUGAGAACAAGACCUUCCUGGUCUGGGUGAACGAGGAGGAUCAUCUGCGUGUCAUUUCCAUGCAGCAGGGUGGCAACAUGAAGGAAGUGUUCAGGCGCUUCUGCGUUGGUCUUCAGAGGAUCGAGGAAAUUUUCAAGAAGCACAACCAUGGAUUCAUGUGGAACGAGCAUCUUGGUUUCAUUCUGACAUGCCCCUCCAACCUGGGCACAGGACUGCGUGGUGGUGUCCACGUCAAGCUGCCCAAGCUGAGCACACACCCCAAAUUUGAGGAGAUCCUGACCAGACUGCGCCUGCAGAAGCGUGGCACAGGUGGUGUGGACACCGCUUCCGUUGGUGGAGUGUUUGACAUUUCCAAUGCUGACCGUCUGGGCUCUUCAGAGGUUGAGCAGGUGCAGUGUGUGGUUGAUGGCGUCAAGCUGAUGGUCGAGAUGGAGAAGAAGCUGGAGAAGGGCGAGUCUAUCGACAGCAUGAUCCCUGCCCAGAAGUAAAGCGGGAAUCCUUUGAUUUUUUUCCUCGUCUUUGUAUUUUUUUUUUUUUUUACAGUCCAUCAUGCGACCUGACAUCAAUGCAGAGGAAACUGCUGCUCAAAAAGACAGUCUAGCCUUUGCAUCUGUCUUGCUUUCCUUUUUUCCUUCUUCUUUAUUUUCAAUGAAAUUUUGCCAUCAUUUUUUUCCACUUUGUUUCCUGUUCGGUCGGUAACAUCCUGGGAUCAGAUUCCCGGCGAAGGUGCGAGUGCCUGUCGUCGAGGCUUCACCUCAAUUUCAACCUUGGUUGUAAAAAGUGAAUCAAUCAAGUUGUAUUUAAAAUAAACUUACCCCAUAAAACACA